CGACAAGGAGGAUCCCCGGCCGGCCCCGGCGUGCAGAAGGAAGUCCGAGCGCAUCCCAACACAAGAAGCGAGCCAGCCAAGCCGCGGCAAGGAGAGCACAGCACUUUCAGUUUGACUUCGGAGACUUUCUUCUACAUGGGGGACGAGAAAUGACAUCGACAGCGAGCGAGAGGAGGGCGUUUGCUCAUAAAAUCAACCGGACGGUUGCUGCAGAGGUCAGAAAACAAGUGUCCAGAGACUAUGGCUCACCGCAGCUGUCUAAGAAACGAGGAGGCCAACACCACCCUUUGCCCCUGACGGAGGUGGUUGAUCCCGUGGAUUUCGAGGAGUAUGUGAGCAGUCACGCUCCCGGGGUGGAGCCCGGCCCGCUCAGACAGCUAAUGGAGUUCCCUCACGAUGAUUUGGACCUCCUCCAGCUGGAAAAAGAGUGCUCUACCCUGGAGCCCCCUCUGCCUGAGGAAGAGGACUCACUAGAUUCCAGAGUGAGAGAUGCCUUGGCGGUCUACACAGAUGACUGGCUUGUCAUUCAGAGAAAAUACCACAGCUACAGUUCUAUAUACACCCCUCACAACUCUGAAAGGCAGAAGGAAAGGCAGCGGGGACUGCUUAAACAGACAUUUGAACUGGAUGAUGCUGCUGCUGCCGAGCGCCAGGAUGACCAGGAUGACGCAAAGCGACGAUCAGUAAGCCUUGAUGAGACUCCCAGGGGUAGCUGGGCCUCCAGCAUCUUUGACUUGAAGAACUCCUCCCCAGACGCUCUGCUUCCAUCUGUGCUGGAACGAACAGCUGCAGAGGACAUGGACCGUCGUAAUACUGAGGCCCGCCUGCAGGGGCGACACAGCGACCUGCUUGGCUUGUACUCUCCUCCUGAUGAGGAUGAAGCGGUGGAGAGAUGCUCUUUACCUGAAGAGCCCAAAGAACAUUGUGGCCAGAGGAUCAUGGUCAAGUGCCUCUCUCUGAGGUUUGAAAUUGAAAUUGAACCCAUAUUUGGGUCGCUCGCCCUUUAUGACAUUAAGGAGAAGAAAAAGAUCUCUGAGAAUUUUUACUUUGACCUAAAUUCAGAUCAGAUGAAAGGGCUGCUCAAACCUCAUGCACCCUCAGUAGCCAUAUCCACGCUGGCCCGUUCUGCCAUUUUUUCUAUUACAUACCCCUCUGCUGAUAUCUUCUUGGUCAUUAAGCUUGAAAAAGUGCUUCAGCAAGGUGAUAUUGGUGAAUGCUGUGAACCAUACAUGGUCAUGAAGGAGUCUGAUUCUUCCAAGCAUAAGGAAAAGUUGGAGAAGCUGCGUCUUCAGGCCGAACAGUCAUGUAGCCGUCUUGGUCGUUAUCGCAUGCCGUUUGCCUGGACAGCCAUUCACCUCCUCAACAUCGUCAGCAGUGUGGGAGGUCUAGAUCGGUCGGAUCCAGACUCUGACUCUGAGCGAAAGGGCCAUGGAACCUGGAAUGAAAGAAAAAAGAAGGGCUAUGAGAGGAUGAGCAUUGGGGAUGAGAUGUGUAACUUUGCCACUUUCCGUCCAGCUACACUGACUGUCACUAACUUCUUCAAGCAGGAGGGGGAUAGACUAAGUGAUGAGGACCUUUACAAGUUUCUGGCAGACAUGCGCAGGCCGUCCUCUGUACUGCGUCGACUAAGGCCUGUCACAGCUCAGUUGAAGAUUGACAUUUCUCCUGCGCCAGACUCGCCUCAUUACUGUUUGUCGCCCGAGCUUCUUCAUGUGAAGCCUUAUCCAGACCCGCGUGUUCGCCCAACCAAAGAGGUGCUCGAGUUUCCUGCUCGCUACGUAUACACACCACACACCACCUACAGGAACUUGCUUUACAUUUAUCCACAAAGUCUGAACUUCAACAGUCGCCAGGGCUCAGUGAGGAACAUUGCUGUGAAGGUUCAGUUCAUGGCAGGAGAGGACCCCAGUCAAGCUUUACCGGUUAUCUUCGGAAAGUCAAGUUGUGCUGAGUUCAUGAAGGAGGCAUAUACGUCAGUCAUCUACCACAACAAGUCUCCUGAGUUCUAUGAGGAGAUGAAGAUGAAGAUACCUGCCAAUUUGACAGACAACCACCAUCUUCUUUUCACCUUCUACCACAUCAGCUGUCAGCCUAAACAGAACACUCCAAUGGAGACUCCCGUGGGCUACACUUGGAUCCCUUUGAUGCAGCAUGGCAGACUCCGCACUGGCUCCUUCAGUCUGCCUGUGUCUGUGGAAAAGCCUCCACCUAGCUACUCUGUCCUAACCCCUGAUGUUCAGCUCCCAGGCAUGAAGUGGGUGGAUAAUCAUAAAGGAGUGUUCAAUGUUGAAGUGACACCAGCCUCCUCCGUGCACACUCAGGACCCCCACUUGGACAAGUUCUUCACUCUGGUGUAUGUCCUGGAGGAGUAUUCCUUCCCUUUCCGUCUUAAGGAUGUCAUCAUAACUGAGGCAAACAUGGAGGGGGAGCUGAAAGCCAGCAUAGCUGCGCUGAGAGGAGCUUUGCUGGAUACCUGUGUCAGGUUUCUGCAUCAGCUGCUGAACAAACUCAUCCAGCUCAUCGUCUACCCUCCAGUCAUCGCAGGUCAAAUUGUGAACCUUGGCCGGGCUGCCUUCGAAGCCAUGGCCUUGCUAGUCAAUCAGAUCCACAAAAACCUGGAGGGAAACCAAGACCAGCAUGGUCGCAACAGUCUGUUGGCGUCUUACAUACAUUACUGUUUCCGCCUGCCCACUGCAGAGCCUGCAAUGCUCCCAACAGCAGCAAACCAAUCCUAUGAGAUGCCAAUGCAGUAUGCUACUUUAUCGAAAGCAACAGCCCGUCCAAGCAGUCUGUACCUGUCCCGUUCAAAGAGUAUUAGCAACUCCAAUCCUGAUCUGGCAAGCACACCAGUUUCCCCUGACGAGGAGGUCCAAAGGAUCAUAGGAACCAAGGCAAGUGACCGCAGCUGCAAUCGCAUGUCUGCCUUUCUGGACACCGUGGCCUUGUAUUCAGUUCCCACAAGGCAGAUUACUAAGAAGUUGCUCCAUGAGGAGCUGGCCUUGCAGUGGGUGGUCAGUACCAGCACGGUGCGAGAAGCUGCACUGCAGCAGUCUUGGUUUUUCUUCCAGCUAAUGACUAAGAGCAUGGCUCAUCACUUAUUCCUGACCUCAAAAUUGGAAGUUCCCAGGCGUCAGCGUUUUCCAGAUCGCUUUGUUGAUGACAUUGCAGCACUUGUGUGUGCCAUCAGUGCAGACAUUGCCAGCCGAUACCACAAGGAUGUGGAGCUUGUAGAAAGGUUAAACAGCAGUCUGGCCUUCUUCCUGAACGACCUGCUGUCUCUGAUGGACCGGGGCUUUGUGUUUAACCUCAUCCGUUCCUACUACAAGCAGAUUGCUAACAAGUUACACACAACGCAAAAUCCCAGCUCCCUGAAUGCUCUGAGGAUGGACUUUAUACGUAUUGUCUGCAGCCACGAGCAUUAUGUCAUUCUCAACUUACCCUGCUCAACUCUGAGUCCUCCAGCAUCCCCUUCCCCUUCUACCUCUUCCACCACCUCACAGAGUUCAGCAUUUUCCAGUAUGGUGCAAGACCAGGGUGUGGCCACCAUGUUUGAGCUCUCCGUCCCCUUCCGCCAUCAACACUUCCUGUCUGGCCUUCUGCUUGCUGAGCUUUCCCUCAUUCUUGAUCCUGAUGGGGAAGGAGCUUUCUUCCUUCAUAAAAAGGCCAUCAGUGCGGUUCAUGCGCUGCUGUGCAGCCACGAUGCAGACCCUCGUUAUAAGGACCCUCAGGUCAAAGCCCACAUUGCUAAGCUCUACCUGCCUCUCAUCACCACCGUCAUGGAAACGCUGCAUCAACUCCACGACUUCUGUGACUCUUCACCUGCAUGGGCCCGCCACGUCGCUGCCCACGCUGACGAUACUGACCCAGACGGUGGUAACACCAUCAGUCAGUCUGUUGCCAUGGCAAUUGCUGGCUCCCCUCUGCCGCAUGCCAAAGUCAACUCAUUUACUCUCCCGUCAGUGGCCGGACGCCAGUCCAGCUCUCUGUCUGCAGAGUGCAGCAGGACUCUGCUGGUGUGCUUCCUUUGGGUUUUGAAGAAUGCAGAUGCAGCUCUACUUGAGCACUGGGUGUCUGAUUUGUCUGUAUUGCAAAUCAACCGUUUGUUAGACCUGCUGCAUCUCUGCGUCUCCUGCUUUGAAUACAAGGGAAAGAAGACUCUGGAGAGGAUAAACAGCCUGACAUUUAAAAAGUCUCAGGAUAUGAAGGCCCGACUGGAAGAAGCCAUUCUGGGCACUAUUGGAGCCCGUCAGGAAAUGGUCCGUCGCUGCAGAGGCAAGUGACAUGAAAAGGCAAUAAUCUGUUUUUCUGUUCCAGUUUAUAUACAACUUGCUCACUGAACUUUGUUUACUCUAACAGAAAGAAGUCCUUACGGCAGCCAGGAGAAUGUUAGGUGGAGAAAGAACGUCACUCACUGGAGACAAAAUACAGAUAGAGUUGACAAGACUAAGGCUGAGGUGGAGCAGGAGUCUGUGGUGGAUGGAAACCUAGCUACAGAGGCCUCUCUGAUAGUACUGGACACAUUGGAAAUUAUAGUGAAGACUGUGGUUGCAUCUGAAUUGAAAGAAAGUGUGCUCGGUGGAGUGCUGAGAGUUCUUCUCCACAGCAUGGCGGGCAACCAGAGCGCCCUCUUUCUGCAGCAUUGUUUCACUACACAAAGAGCCCUCGUUUUCAAGUUCCCGGAGAUGCUGUUUGAAGAGGACACUGAACUUUGUGCAGACCUGUGCCUGCGUCUCCUGCGACACUGCAGCAGUAGUGUUGGAUCCGUCAGAAGUCAUGCCUCGGCUUCUCUUUACCUGCUCAUGAGGCAGAACUUUGAGAUUGGAAAUAACUUUGCCCGAGUGAAGAUGCAGGUUACCAUGUCACUGUCCUCAUUGGUGGGAACAUCACAGAACUUUAAUGAAGAGCAUCUUCGUCAUUCACUCAAGACAAUCUUGACAUAUGCUGAAGAGGACUUGGAGCUGCGAGACAGCCCUUUCCCAGAGCAGGUCCAGGAUCUGGUGUUCAAUCUGCACAUGAUUCUUACUGACACAGUGAAGAUGAAAGAGCAUCAGCAGGACCCUGAAAUGCUCAUUGACCUAAUGUACCGGAUUGCCAAGGGAUACCAGAACUCACCAGACCUGCGCCUGACAUGGUUGCAGAACAUGGCCGGGAAACACUCUGAGAGAGGGAACCACGCUGAAGCUGCCCACUGUCUGGUCCACAGUGCGGCCCUGGUGGCAGAAUACCUCAACAUGCUGGAAGACUGCCGCUACCUGCCAAUAGGUUGCGUGACAUUUCAGAAUAUUUCAUCCAACAUAUUAGAGGAGUCAGCAGUAUCAGAUGACAUCUUGUCUCCAGAGGAAGAAGGCAUUUGUGCUGGGAAGUAUUUCAGCGAGUCUGGUCUGGUGGGCCUCUUGGAGCAAGCAGCUGCCUCCUUUAACAUGGCUGGUAUGUAUGAGGCAAUAAAUGAAGUGUACAAGAUUCUGUUACCCGUCCAUGAAGCCAACAGAGACUUCAAAAAGCUAGCUACUGUCCAUGGGAAACUACAGGAUGCCUUCAAUAAAGUCUACAAUCAAAGUUCAGGAUGGGAGAGAAUGUUUGGGACCUACUUCCGGGUGGGUUUCUAUGGCAGCCAGUUUGGAGACUUGGAUGACCAAGAGUUUGUCUACAAGGAGCCUUCAAUCACUAAAUUAGCUGAAAUCUCCCACAGGCUUGAGGAGUUCUACUCAGUGAGGUUUGGCGAUGAUGCUGUUGAAAUAAUCAAGGACUCCAACCCUGUGGACAAAAGCAAACUGGAUGCCAAUAAGGCCUACCUCCAGAUCACCUAUGUUGAACCUUACUUUGACACCUAUGAGCUAAAGGAAAGAAUCACCUACUUUGACAAGAACUACAAUCUGCGUACGUUCAUGUACUGCACUCCCUUCACUCUGGACGGCCGUGCCCACGGAGACCUGCAUGAACAGUACAAACGCAAAACCAUCUUGACAACAUCCCAUGCUUUCCCCUAUAUAAAGACGCGCAUCAACGUUAUCCACAAGGAGGAGAUUAUUCUUGUCCCCAUGGAGGUGGCAAUUGAAGACAUGCAAAAGAAAACUCAGGAGCUUGCCUUUGCCACCACCCAAGACCCUGCUGACCCUAAGAUGCUGCAAAUGGUGUUACAGGGCUGUGUUGGCACAACUGUUAACCAGGGCCCCCUUGAGGUGGCGCAGGUCUUUCUCUCCGACAUACCUGACGACCCAAAGCUUUUCCGCCAUCAUAACAAACUACGUCUUUGCUUUAAAGACUUCACUAAGAGGUGUGAGGAUGCCCUGAGGAAGAAUAAAGCCCUGAUCGGACCAGACCAGAAGGAGUAUCACAGAGAGCUGGAGAGGAACUACAAUAAACUCAAAGAAUCUCUGGGUCCUCUCAUCAACCGCAAGAUCCCCCAGCUGUACAGACCCCUGCCAGCUCAAGCUACGCAAACACAGCGGAACUCCUUCAGUAGAUCUAGUCUCCGAAGAGUCGACUGUUGAGGUGCAAAAACACUGAAAAACUACGCAGAGCAACAGCCUCUAGAAAUUAGCUUCAUCUCAUUCCAUCUGUUCCCCCUCCCCCACUACACCCCAGACCAACUGUUACAAUACACACGCCAUCCUUCCCAUCCAUCCUCUUCUUCUGGCUCCUCAUUUACCCCCACUGCCUGCAUGGCCAUCCAGUCCUGGCUUAAUCCCCCAUUUGCCCAUCCCGACUUCCCCCACCACACAUAUACACAGCUAGUUGUCACUUCUUUCUCUGCUGAGCAUCUCCUGCAUCACCGCAACCCUCACACUUCGGCUGGAAAAAAUCUCAGCUGUUUAUACUGGAAGGUUAUCUGCUCUGUAAACAUUACCAUUCGGAGUGAAGCUACUAAGAUGCCAGUGUUUAAAGGAAAGCUUUCCAAAACUAAUCUGACAGACCAAAGUAAUCUCUCUGAUCUUGAUCUGGCUUUAACUUCAGAUUUGACCAGACUAGAGCAACCAAAUGUUUUAGAACCAAUUUAUUUGAGGUGCAUCAGUUUUCUUUUCGCUUUACUUUUCGUCUUCUGUUUAUGUGUUCCUGCUCUUUUGAAAAAACUCCAGGAGGUCUGUUUUAUGUUAUGGCUUUUUUUAUUUAUAAGAAUCUUUCUCUGGACGACCCCUGGUAGUAGUCACUGCCAGAAAUGGUUAUAAAAUAGUCCUGGAGAAUUGUUUUAUUUUCAGCAGAUCAAAUAACUGACAUUCCUUCAUCCUCCAACAUUUAUCAGCACAUUUCUUGUUUUUAUAACUUUUGUUAUUUCUUGUUUAUAAGAAUUCCGAAUAGAGAGCCCAUAAAAGAGGAAUAAGCCAGAAUGGUGUGUUUAUUAUUUUUUUUAAACUGUGAAAUUCUCUGUAAUGCACUGCAGUCACAACAAAUGUUUAUCACAGAAGCACUGCCUUCUGCCAGGCUAUUCCAUAUCCCACACAAAUAUGUUUAAACUGCAGCAUCUACUAUCAACAUGUUAUGCUCUGCCUGUGUAGGCAAGUCCUCUUCUGUUUGUGAACUGCUGUUAAAUACCACUCAAAAUGUUUUGGUUCCCUGUUUAUCAAAGUUUAGCAUUUUGUGCAACCAUUUUCUACUACUGUAUCUCUCAAACUGCACUAUUGUAAACAAAUUAUGGCACAUUAACACUGUAGCCACUAAGUUAUCUGUGCUUUUGUUAUUCUACAAGGCUGGAAACUGUUUUUUUUUUUUUACCAAUUAGAUUUGUAUUUAUUUACACUGCCUUUGAUUAAAUAUCUUUUCCUAAAA